CAAAAUCAAUGCUGUCAAUUUCCUUGCUUAAUAAUUCCUUCCAUUUCCAUGGAAAAUCCACCAUUUGUGCUCUCCAGAAUCUUCACAGAAUUUUGAAUAAAAGAUUCAAGUUAGCUAGUUUAAGCAGCUCUGCUAUUCGCCAUGCUUUUGUUGAACAUCGCUCAGAACUUAAUCAACAUGAAAGCCCUUUUCGUCCCAAUUAUCAAACUUAUUUGUGGCUUUUAGAAGGAUGGAUAAAUUCCUGUUCUGGAUCAUUGCUUGAUUGCAGAAAGUUUCAUGGGUUGAUUUUAAAAUCGGGUUUUACUCAAGAUAUUGAAUUAUGUGACCGUCUGUUGGAAUUUUAUAUCUCCAAUAAUCAUUUCUGGGAUGCACAUAAACUUUUUGAUGAAAUGCUUGAGAGAGGGAUUAAUGUUCAUGUUUCUACAUGGAAUAAGAUUAUGUGCGGACUUUUGGAUAGAAAAUUGAAUAGGGAAUUGUUGGGAUUGUUUUUGCGGAUGUUGAAUGAAAAUGUUGAUCCGGAUGAGUUUACAUUCGCGAAUUUGUUCAGGGCAUGUGAUGGGGAAAAGGCUGAUUUUUGGUUUAUAGAGCAGUUACAUGCUAAGGUUAUUGUGUAUGGGUUUGAUCGUAGUCGUUUUGUUAGUAAUCCUUUGAUCAACUUGUACUCGAAGAAUGGAAUGACCAAGUAUGCUAAAUGUGUUUUUGAAAAUUUAGGUGAGAGGGACAAUGUGACUUGGGUUGCUAUAAUUUCUGGGUUAUCUCAAAAUGGAUUAGAAAAUCAAGCGAUUCGACUAUUCUGUGAUGAAAUGCAUGCACAUGGUAUACUCCCUACGCCAUAUGCUUUAUCUAGUGUUUUGAGUUCCUGUAGUAAGAUUGAGGCAUUUGAGGUUGGGCAGGAACUUCAUGGCCUUAUUUAUAAGUGGGGUUUUGCUUCUGAAACUUUUGUGUGCAAUGCGCUUGUAACCUUUUAUUCUCGUUGGGGAGACUUUGUUUCUGCUAAAAAGGUUUUUGAGAUGAUGAAGCACAAAGAUGGAGUAUCGUUUAAUUCGCUAAUUUCAGGGCUUUCUCAGAAGGGAUUUAGUGUUGACGCUCUUUGCUUGCUGCAGAAAAUGCAGCGUGAUUUGUUAAAACCUGACUGUGUUACCAUGGCAAGCCUUGUUAGUGCGUGUGCUUUGCUUGGAGAUCUUGAGAAGGGCACUCAACUUCAUUCAUAUGCACUCAAGGCGGGAUUUUGCUCUGAUGUGCUCAUUGAAGGGUCUUUGCUAGAUCUUUAUGUCAAAUGUUCUGAUAUUGGAACUGCACACAAGUAUUUUCUUACUACCAAAAGGGAAAAUGUGGUUCUGUGGAACGUAAUGCUUGUAGCUUAUGGGCAGAUUGGCAAUCUAACUGAAGCUUAUCAUAUGUUUUUGCGAAUGCAGAUGAAGGGGUUGGAACCUAAUCAGUAUACGUAUCCUAGCAUGAUUAGAACAUGUACCUAUGAAGGAGCUUUAGAUUUGGGAGAACAGAUUCAUACCCAAGUCAUUAAAACAGGAUUUCAGUUCAACGAAUAUGUUAGCAGCGUCCUUAUAGAUAUGUAUGCUAAGCACGGGUACCUGGAUGCUGCUGAAAAGAUUUUCAUGAGGCUCAAUGAAAACGAUGUUGUUACCUGGACAGCUAUGAUUUCUGGGUAUAGGCAGCACGAGAUGUAUGGUCGUGCUCUGAGGCUCUUUAAAGAGAUGUUACGCCGUGGUGUCCAAGCAGAUAAUAUAGGAUUGUCCAGUGCAAUCAGUGCAUGUGCAGGAAUUCAAUCACUAUACCAUGGUCGGCAAAUUCAUGCUCAAUCGUAUGUUCUUGGUUACUCUAAUGAUCUUUCGAUUAAUAAUGCGCUUGUAAGCCUUUACGCUAGAUGUGGAAGACUUCAAGAAGCAUAUCGUGCAUUUGAGAAAAUUGAUGUGAAAGAUAACACAUCAUGGAAUGCAAUGAUUACAGGUUUUGCACAAAGUGGGCACUCCGAAAAUGCAUUGAGAGUAUACCAUUUGAUGAAUGAAGCUGGUAUAGAAGCUAAUCUGAUUUCCUACAGUUCCUCGAUCAGUGCUGCUGCUAAUACGGCAAAUGUAAAACAAGGGAAGCAGAUACAAGCAAAGCUAUUUAAAACUGGUUACCAUAUGGAAACCGAGGCCUCAAAUGCCUUAAUCACACUGUAUGCAAAAUGCGGGUGUAUCGAUGAUGCUAGGAGAGUGUUUUCGGAAAUGAUCGAAAGAAAUGACGUUACAUGGAAUGCGAUGAUAACAGCUUAUUCUCAGCAUGGUUGUGGGGACGAAGUCCUGGAGAUCUUCGAUGAGAUGAAACGGGUUGGUGUGGCACCGAAUCUUGUCACAUUUUUGGGAGUAUUAUCAGCAUGUAGCCAUGUGGGGUUAGUGGAAAGGGGGUUAGUGUACUUUGAGUCCAUGAGCCAAGAGUAUGGUUUGGUUCCCAAACAAGAACAUUAUGUCUGUGUUGUUGAUAUUCUUGGGCGGGCGGGGCAACUCAGUCGUGCUAGGAAAUUUACCGAAGAUAUGCCAAUCAAACCGGAUGCAAAUAUUUGGAGAACUCUUUUGAGGGCAUGUGUUGUUCACAAGAACAAAGAAAUCGGAGAGUUUGCUGCUCAUCAUUUGUUACAGUUGGCACCUGAGGACUCAGCAACCUACGUUCUCAUGUCAAAUAUGUAUGCAGUGACUAGAAAUCGGGCCCUUAUGGACGAAUCUAGAAAAAUGAUGAAAGAAAGAGGAGUAAAGAAGGAGCCUGGCCGUAGCUGGAUUGAAGUAAAAAACACUAUUCAUGCGUUUUAUGCGGGUGAUAAUCUUCAUCCUCUGAAAGAUAACAUAUAUGGCUUCUUGGAGGAUCUGGAUAAGCGUGCAUCCGAAAUUGGUUUUGUGCAAAAUCAGUACAGCAUUCCGAUUGAUGCAGAAAAGAACGGAAUUGUCAAUGUUCAUAGUGAAAGACUUGCUAUUGCUUAUGGGCUAAUGAGCUUAUCGAGUUCAGUUCCUCUUCAUGUAAUGAAAAAUCUUCGUGUAUGUACUGAUUGCCAUAACUGGAUCAAGUGUGUUUCUAGUAUCUCAAACCGGACAAUUAUUGUGAGAGAUGCAUAUCGGUUUCAUCGUUUUGAGGGUGGUUCGUGCUCGUGUAAUGACUAUUGGUGAGUGAAUUACUUGGAAUGUUUUUGGAGUUAUCGCUGUGGCUGGAGCCACGUCUUAGAUGGGAUGAUCGUAAAGAACUCUACUCAAGCCGUAUUUGUAACGAGGGACGAGGAAGGGAGUACAUAGUUAAGCAGUGCUACUUCUCUUUCGACAUACAAAUGACCUGAUAUUUUCCGCGUUUCAGUUUGUAGAAACUUACUGAAAGCUUUAAGUUUUAUUCGUUUAGAAAGGUCAAUCCUUAAGAAGUUACUCAAGGAUUUGAGGAUAUAGACAUGUAUAAUUGAAGGUAGACAUGAGAAUAUGGCAAGAUAAUGAUAAUGGUAGAUUCGGGUCAUCGGGUUGAUUUCGGGUCAGAUCUUUCAGGUCGGUUAAAAAUCGGGUGCUGUGUCCAUAUUGGUUUUUACAUAUUUUAAAUUCAUUUUGAAGUCGGGUCAAGUCGGGCUCAGUUACAAGGUCGGGUAAAUAUCGGGUCGUUGGGUAAUGUUGUGAACACCUCUACUUGAAUGCAUCAUAAUUCACGAUGCUUCAUUCAGCUGCAUAGAGGUAUAACUAAAUUGGCUUCGAUCAAAACAAUUGUUCAUUAAUAGCUUAUUGAAGCGAGUUUUUGUGUGUAAGCAAAUGCACUAUAUAAGGAUCAUCAGCAGAAAAUAGUAAACUUCUACUUAUUGUUUUUCGACAAGUGAAGAUCAUGCACGUCUAGCCUCAUAUUCAUGUUUCUCCAUUCAUUACGCUGAUGAUGUCAACUUACGAGGGUAGAUUCUUGAUUCUUUUGAGAAUCACCUCAAAUCAUGAACCCGAUCAUUAUAUGAGCACUAGGAGCCGGUCCAAAUGAAAAUCAGAUUCCGAGCCCAAAGAGGACUUGGUGCAGCAACCAGAACUGGUUUGCUGUGUAGAACAGCAUAUCUUGUUGUGCUAAUGUGCUUGAUCCCGAAGGCCUGUGCUGCUUGGCAUGACUGAAGCGGCAAGCUCAUUCAGAGGUUACUGAUGCUAAACAGGAUCAAGGAUCAGGGUUUGUCAAUGUUAUCAUCGACAGCCGACAGGUGCUUCUUAAUCUGCUCUUUUUAUGAUCAUUUAUUAAUCCAUUACUCUCGAUUCGAUUUGAUUGUUUGCUUAGGGGUCUCGGAUCAUGUAUAUCGUGUUGGUGCUGCUUAUUUGCACACAUUCGGAAGAUGAGUAUUCGAGUUUUGUAGGUUGCACAUAUUCGUCUGUAGUUUUGGUAGAUAUAUGAUGUAUGAACCCUCAAGAUCAAUCCUUAUUGGGUUAGUAUUAGGAAUUUGAUCAAUCCUUUGUUAAUAAUCAUGACUAUUUGUGCAUUAUAGUGGGUCUUCAGGCCUCUUUAUUGAUGAAA